AUCUUGACGUUCAUCGCUCGAUGAGCGAGGCCUUUUUUUGUCCUAGGACAAAAAGGCGCGAUGUGGAUUCUAUCCGACCUGAAUCUACUCAGAAGUCAGAAGCGUACAAUGAGCGAGUAGAUGAGAAUCCCGCGAAGAAGCGAUCUAAAGGCUUUUUGACGGUCAAUAACGUGGCGACACCGUCGUCGUUGGCCCAAGGAAGCAAUACGAAAUCGCGUACAAUAGUAGAUAUGUUUAGUGACGCCGGAAAAAGACAACCAGCGGUGUUGGACACUUUGGAGGUCGAGAAUAUGCACGAGGUCAAGCAGGAAAAUAAAGAAUUGGUGAUAGAAGACGGACGACGCGAGGAUAGGGAGGAAAAAGAAUUAACUGAAGAUAAUUCGUCUGCACAAAACGUCAUACAAAAAGACAGGUCUACCAUAUCCAUUUGUACAAGUGAUUCUCAAUUGUAUCAUGAGAAUGAACCCAUUCCGUAUUUGGCUCUCUCGCGAACGUUUGACGCGAUACGCAAGACGAGGUCUAAGCUAGAGCACAUCUCAAUUAUGCGUGAAUAUUUUUUUCAAAUAUUGCUUAGUGAGCCGGAUGAUUUGGUGCCGGCCAUCUACCUGGCCAUAAACCAGCUCGCGCCUCAAUAUGAAGGCGUACAACUUGGCGUCGGUGAGCACACAAUUCAGAAGGCCAUUUCGGCUGUGACUGGCAUGUCAUUAGCGGCAAUAAAAUCGAAAUACGAGGUCCUUGGUGAUUUAGGAUUGGUCGCCCAGGAAUCCAGACACAAUGUUCGUACAAUUGUACCCUAUCCCCCACUCACAAUACGCUCCGUAUAUCAGAAUCUGCGGUCUAUUGCACUGGAAGGGGGCAAUGGCACGCGAGAUAAGAAGUUAGGUCGCAUUAUCAAUCUCAUGGUUUCGAGCAGGGAGAACGAAAUCUUGUAUAUCGUCAAGACAUUACAAGCUAAAUUACGUCUAAACUUAGGUGCUAAGUCAGUGAUGACAGGGUUGGCCCAUGCGCUUGCCAUGUACGAGUCCAGACCUAACGUGCCUGAUGAAGAUGCACUGUCGGCUGCCAAGACACUUUUGAGGGAGGCCUUUUCUCGUUGUCCCAAUUGGAAGCUUGUGAUUUCCGUAUGCCUUGACAAAAAACUUUCCUCGCUUCCAGAAACGUGUAAACUUGUUGUUGGCGUGCCUGUCGAGCCCAUGCUCUCCCAGCCCAUGAACGGCAUAGGCAUGAUUUUGAGCCGUCUCAAGGGCCACGAACUAUUCACUGCGGAGUACAAAUAUGACGGCGAGCGUGCGCAGGUUCAUCUGAUGCCUGACGGUACCAUCAAGAUUUAUUCGCGCAACCUCGAAGACACAACUCGUCGAUUUCCAGACGUAGUUCAAGGACUCUCUGAAUGCGUCGCCGAUCCAGAGUUGUGCCGCUCUUUCAUUAUCGAUUGUGAGGCGGUCGCCUUUGACCUGGAAAAGAACACCAUCCUGCCCUACCAAAUUCUCAGCACACGGGCGCGCAAGGACGUGGACUUGAAAAAAAUUACUGUCCAGGUGUGUCUGUACGUCUUUGAUUUGCUCUAUCUGAACGGCGAUAGUUUACUUGAAAUUUCACUGAAAUCUCGUCGCGAGUUGCUCAAAAGCCACUUGCGUCCGGUUGCAGGCCGACUGCACUUUGCGACCAGCCGCGAAUUCAGUGAGAGCGAGGAGCUCGAUUCGUUCUUGAUUGAGGCGGUUGAGAAUCAGUGCGAGGGUUUGAUGAUCAAGACAUGGGACAAAGACGCUCGUUAUGAGCCGUCCAAGAGGAGUUUUGCUUGGCUCAAAUUUAAGAAGGACUAUAGUGAGCAGAUGGCCGACUCGGUUGACUUAGUGCCCAUAGGUGCUUGGUAUGGUAGAGGCAAACGAACGGGCGUUUACGGAGCUUACUUGUUGGCAUGUUACGAUGAAGAUGAAGAGAUGUACCAGAGUGUGUGUAAGUUAGCAACUGGAUUUAAAGAUGCUCAGCUUGUAGAAUAUACUGCAAGCAUGAAGCAGGUGGAGACGCCGGCCCGGCCACAGAAUUAUUCGACCGGAUUGAAGCCAGACGUGUGGUUUGAGGCAGUGGCAGUAUGGGAGGUGCGAGCUGCGGAUCUCAGUUUAUCUCCUCAGCAUCAAGCAGCAAUUGGGCUUGUCAAGGAAGAUCGCGGUAUCGGAUUGAGAUUCCCUAGAUUUUUGCGGAUUCGAGAGGACAAACUGGUUCAGCAGGCUACCAGCUCGGCGCAAAUUGCUCAGAUGUAUCGGAAUCAAAAAUCACUUUCUUGUGGCACAGAGGACCAAUUUGAAGAAGAUUCGGCGAUGGCAAAUCCGCUGGCUUCUUGCGAAUAAGAGUUCCUGUGAGAAAAAGCCAUGUUUAGCCUGCUACUGAUCCACAGAGUGUGCUUUUCACUGGACGGGGAGAGUUUCAGAAUUCAGAGAAAAGAAAGCAGAAAAGUAGGUCACGUCGAUUCUCGCAGCUUUUUUUCUGUUGCGUUGCUUUGUGACAAGACGAAAUGGCACAGAGUCUAUUUGAGAAGGGUCACGCACGAAGAGUAACAUUUUUAUUUGGCAUAGACUAAGGGCGCAUGCAUGAUGGCUUAGAUCUGUGGUCGUCCGUCGUUAUGAGCGUCUAAGAGUUUUUGAAUGAAUUCAUCCACUUUUUCUUGUUUUUGUGCGCCGACGAUUUUUGAAACGAUUCGGUUGUGAGAAAAAGCAAACGCUGUCGGCAACGCCUCGACCUGCAGCUCUCGGACCGUUUUUAUGUUUUCUUGGACAGACAUUUUUGUGAGUUUGAUCGAGUUGUUUUUGGUGCUGGCUGCGUUGACGAGCGUCGAUUCAAGUGUAUGGCAAUGAGGACACCAUCUGUGCGAAGAGAAACGUCAUUAUUCUGCAUGUGAAUAAAGUACACACAUUUUUUAGAAUGUGUACAACAUUGUCAAAAAGAGCGAAUGCCGUACGGCGCCCAGCAGUGGAGAAUAACUGGUUUCUGACUGGAUUCAUUGACGACGAGUUCCUCGAAUGUACCGUCAGUGAUCUCGGUGGAGAUAUUGGGGCCCUGGCUGUUUUGGGUUGAGCGUCGUCCCUUGAGACAUUUAGUCUUGUAGCUCUUUUCGAGCGUCGAAGCGAUCCUUUGUACGAGCAUGACGAAGCCUGACUAACGGAUUUGGCGAGUCGAGCGCGAAUCGACCCAAGUAUACCGGCGUGUCAAAAAAAAAAGCAAGUUUGCCGUGAAUCGAAAAAAAGUUGCGCUUUAUGGAUUGACAAGUGUGCAUGUUGUAUGAUAGGCUGUCGUUCAAAUUCUUUGUCACGAAUGUCUGUUGUGCUUCUCACCCUCGGCUUUUUCGUGACGCUGUAUGGGUCAUUCAAGCGUCGAGAUCGGCUUCUAGAUAUGAUAAAAGCGGCGGAUACCC